AUGUCUGACGCCGUUGCUCUCAAAGCCGAAGCCAACAAGGCCUUCGCCGCCAAGGACUACCCUUCCGCCGUCAAGCUCUACUCGGACGCUAUCGCACUCGACCCCAGCAACCACGUCCUCUACUCCAACAGGUCUGCCAGUAAGGCGAGUCUCAAGGAGUACGACGGGGCUCUCGAGGACGCCGAGAAAACUAUCGAACUCAACCCCUCCUUCUCCAAGGGCUACGCCCGAAAGGGUGCUGCCCUUCAUGGUCUCCGCCGGUUCCCCGACGCCGUCAUGGCCUACGAGUCCGGUCUUCAGGCCGAGCCCAACAAUUCCCCUUGCACCAAGGGCCUCGCCGAUGUCAAGCGAGCUAUGGACACCGACUCUGCCUCUCCUUUCGGUCCCCAGGGAGGCGACAUGGGUUUGGGCAAGAUCUUCUCAGACCCUGGAAUGAUCGGCAAGCUCGAGAGCCACCCCAAGACCAAGGAGUACAUGAAGGACUCUACAUUCAGGGCCAACAUGCUCAAGCUGCAGGCCACCGGUGGAGGUGACUUGUCAAGCUUGAUGGCGGACCCCAGAACGUUGGGUGCGUUGGGCGUGCUGAUGGGUGUUGAUAUUGAUGCUAUGGAGCGACCUGAGGGUUCCAACGAGAUGCCUCCCGGAGUCAGCACUCCUUCCGCCCCCACCCCUGCUCCCAAGCCUAAACCCGCCCCCACCCCUAAGCCCAAGGAGCCCGAGCCCGAGCCUAUGGAGGUCGAGGAGACUGAGGAGGACAAGCAGAAGAAGGAAGCGGAGGCCCUCAAGGCUCAGGGAAACAUCUCUUACAAGGCGAGAAAGUUCGAGGAGGCUAUUGAAGCAUACUCCAAGGCUUGGGACCUGUACCCCAAAGAUGUCACCUUCUUGACCAACUUGUCUGCUGUCUACUUUGAACAAGGAGAAUAUGCAAAGUCUAUCGAGACCUGUGAAAAGGCUGUCGAAGAGGGGCGCGACCUCCGAGCUGACUUCAAGGUCAUCGCCAAAGCCUUCGGCCGUAUCGGUACCUGUCACGCCAAGCAGGGCGACCUCGCCUCUGCCAUUAAGUACUAUCAAAAGUCCUUGACGGAGCACCGUACUCCGGAUAUCUUAACCAAGUUGAGGGAGGCGGAAAAGGCCAAGGCGGAGGCGGACAAGCAGGCCUAUAUCAGCCCGGAACUAGCGGAGAAGGCCAGAGAGGAAGGUAACGAGGCGUUCAAGAGGGGAGAAUUCGCCGAGGCUCAAAAGUCUUACACCGAGGCUAUCAAGCGAUUGCCGACCGACCCCCGAGCCUACAACAACCGAGCCGCUUGCUACACCAAGCUCCUCGCCCUCCCCGAAGCUCUCAAAGACGCCGAAUCAGCCAUCUCCAUCGACCCUACUUUCAUCAAGGCCUAUAUCCGAAAGGCGCUCGUGCAAGAGACCCUCAAAGAGUACACCAAGGCUCUCGACACGCUUCAAAAAGCCACUGAGGCGGAUGUUGAAAAGAAGCACACUAGGGAGCUGGAGACAAAUAUGGCCAAGGUGAUGAGGGAGAUCCAGAGCCAGAGGAGUGAGGAAUCAGAGGAGCAGACGUAUGAGAGGGCUAUGAGGGACCCCGAGGUGGCGCAAAUCAUGUCGGAUCCGAUCAUGAGGCAGAUUUUGCAGGAUGCCCAGCAGAACCCGAGAGCAUUGAACGACCACAUGAAGAACCCUAUGAUCGCUGGAAAGAUCCAGAAGCUUGUCAACGCGGGUAUCAUCCGAACCCGUUAA